AUCCCAGCUAAGGAGCUCCUGGCUAUGGCCGCGAGACCGCGGCUCGCGCUCUUGGGGCUUUGGACCGUCGCCUUCUUGGCGCGCUGCCUCGCGCAAUGGCAGCCCCGGGAUUUCUAUCGCAUUGAUUGCGGCGCCGCUUCCAACACCUCCUCUGGCGAUCGGCAUUGGCAAGGUGAGCCUCCUCAAUCGCCGGCAUUCGCCUCCUCCGGGAUUUCGAUCAACACCAGCGCUCAAAAUCCCGAGCUCCCGUCGCCCGCGCCCUACCUCACGGCCAGAAUCUUCACGGCACGCGCGAACUACAGCUUCCCUGUCGAUCCGGGCAGGCACUGGAUACGUCUCCACUUCUACCCUUUCCCCAGCCCGGGGUUCGAUCCAGCUCUCGCGAAUUUCUCCAUCACAGUUGGCCCUUACACCCUCUUUAGCGGCGGGAUCGUGGAUAGCGUGAGACGCUCUGGCAGCGGCGGCGUCUAUCUUGUCAAGGAGUACUCGGUCGUGGCAGAGGGAUCGGAGCUGGCGAUCGUCUUCCAGCCUUCGCCCAGCUCCAACGGGUCCUUCGCGCUCAUCAAUGGCAUAGAGUUGAUGUCCAUGCCGGAGGACGCCUUGCAAGACGAUGCCGUGCUCCUGGGACAAGGCACGGCCACCAAGUUUGGCUUCUCCAGGCUAGCUCUGGAAACUGUCUACCGCCUCAACGUUGGUGGCGCUUCCGUGAACGCCGCUAACGACACCCAGCAGCGCUCCUGGGUGUCCGACGGCCAUGGAUUCAUCGAGGGCGCCGCGGCAGGGGUUGGAUCCCAGGACUUUUCUUCGAGCAUCAAGUUCACGAAAGAGGUCCCGGAGUUCAUCGCUCCCGCGGCCGUCUAUGGCACGGGACGGGUGCUUGGCAUCUCCAACACCGUGAGCAACACUUUUAAGAUCUCAUGGAGCUUCCCGGUGAGCCCCGGCUACUCUCACCUCGUCCGCCUCCACUUCGCUGAGCUCUACUACACCAAGACGUACCAGCAUGUUAACGUCUAUAUCAACAACAGGACGGCGAUUGAUGGGCUUGACUUGAUCGUCUGGGCCCGAGACACACCCGUUUACAAGGACUUUGUCGUGAUCCCCAGCAGCGGGGUACGAUCACUCAGGGUCCAGAUUGGUCCGGCUCCGAACUCCAACGCGCAGUUCAAUGACGCCAUCUUGAACGGUCUCGAGAUCUUCAAGAUGAACAGCACCGCCGGGAACCUCUCGGACAGCGACGGCGGUGAGAGCUCUAGCAGCUCCAGCGGGAGGAGCGGCGGCUCCAAGGGUGUGGGAGCUAUCGUCGGUGCGGCAGUCGGGGGGAUAGCUCUCCUCGCGCUCCUGGCGGCGUGCGUCUUCGUGCUGUGCUGCCGCCGGGGAGCAAAAGGUGGCAAGAAGCUCGGGUGGAGGCCCGUUCCAGCGUCGCAGGCCGGGACUGGGACUUCCACCGUCACGCUCGGCUUCCCCGGGAGCAGUCCCGCGACGCACUACUCGGUCACCCCGGCAAACUCGUGCAAGCACUUCUCGCUCCAGCAGAUCGUGGACGCGACCGACGGCUUUGACGACGAUCUGCUGCUCGGCGUGGGCGGUUUCGGCAAAGUGUACAAAGGAGAGAUCAAUGGCGGCACAAAAGUCGCGGUGAAGCGUGGGAAUCCAAUGUCCGAGCAGGGCAUGACGGAGUUCCAGACCGAGAUUGAGAUGCUGUCCAAGCUCCGCCACCGUCACCUUGUCUCGCUCAUCGGCUACUGCGACGAGAACUCGGAGAUGAUCCUCGUCUACGACUACAUGGCGAACGGGCCCCUCCGAGGACAUCUCUACGGAUCCGAUGCCCCGACGCUGUCGUGGAAGCAAAGGCUGGAAAUCUGCAUUGGUGCUGCGCGGGGCCUGCAUUAUCUCCACACCGGCGCUCAGCGAGCGAUCAUCCACAGGGACGUGAAGACCACCAACAUUCUUCUCGACGAGAAAUUCGUUGCCAAGGUCUCGGACUUUGGCCUGUCCAAAGUUGGUCCUUCUCUCGACCACACGCACGUAAGUACCGCAGUGAAGGGAAGCUUUGGUUACCUGGACCCGGAGUACUUCCGGAGGCAGCAGCUAACAGAGAAGUCCGACGUCUACUCGUUUGGAGUGGUGCUCAUGGAGGUGGUGUGCGCUCGGCCGGCGAUAAAUCCAGCGCUUCCCAGAGAUCAAGUUAGCAUCGCGGAAUGGGCUCUCCACUGGCAGAAGCUGGGAAGGCUGAGUAAUAUCAUGGAUCCAAGGCUGGCCGGAGACUGCACUCCCGAGUCUCUCCAGAAGUUUGGAGAGAUCGCCGAGAGGUGCCUCGCUGAUAGAGGAAGUGAGCGGCCUUCCAUUGGCGACGUCCUCUGGAACCUUGAGUACUCGUUGCAACUCCACGAUGCAGCGAUGUUCCAUCACCAUCAACGUUCCGAGGAUGGAAACUCCAAUCUGGCCCGGCCGACACCAGAGAUACCGAGAACUUCGAGCGACAGCCAACGGACGAUGAUGUCUUUCGAGGAGAAUCACUCGGGAGACACCACGGCGAGCGUGGUCUUCUCCCAGCUUGUGCAUCCCGAAGGACGAUAAGUUAUCGAUAAGUUAUCUAGAAUAGCAAGAAACGCACCCAGUCGAGACCUCUAAGCAAGUUCUCGAGUGGCUUGGGUAUUCUCUGUGUAUCUAGCACACUUUGUCCGGGAAGAACUACCGGUACGCUACAUAAAUAAAUUGGCUCGAGAUUUUUUUGA